AUGGCAGGCACUUACGUGAACGAAAAGCGCAAAGGGGACUUUGAUCCCCUAGAAUUCUCUUGGUAUGAGCCGAAAGUCACGGAGGUUGAGGAAAAAGCCCGGAAGUUGCUCGAGAACUAUAGCCAUAUUCCUCCGGACAAAGUGGUGGAUCAUGUGAAUGAUUUGCGUGACCGGGCUUUUGCUGUGUUUCCCUAUCCUUGCAUUGGCGCCUUUCGCUUUCUAGAUAUGAGCAUAUGCCAAUCUCCUGUCUAUCCGGAGAUUCUUGAAAGGCUGAAGUCAGGACAAAAGCUACUUGACGUCGGCUGUGCUGUUGGCCAAGAGCUGCGGCAAUUGUCCUUUGAGGGUGUCCCUUCUGAAAAUUUAUAUGCCGCGGACUUGCGUCGGGACUUCUACGACAUAGGCUUUGAUCUAUUCAAGGACCGCGAUCAUCUCAAAUCCGAAUUCAUCGAGGCGGACAUUUUUGACACCAACUCUGAUCUAGUGAAGCAGCUCACCGGUAAAAUGGACAUUGUCAACGCCGCGUCCCUGUUCCACCUGUUUGAUUGGUCUCAACAAGUGGCUGCUGUCAAGCAGGCUAUUACCUUGCUCCGCCCUGAGCCGGGCUCUUUGUUGAUCGGGCGUCAAGCCGGGCGACGAGAUCCGAUCCAUUCAGACGGCAACGGUGCUGCUCUCCUGCGCUAUCGACAUGACGCUACUACGUGGCAGAAACUUUGGAAAGAAGUUGAGAGAGAUACUGGCACCAAGUGGGACGUUCAGGCUUGGGAAGAGUCUUGGGAAGGUGUGGAUGCAGUAUUUCAGAAGUACCAUCCCGGAGUAGAGACCAUUAAGUUGAGAUUUGUGUCUCGGAGGCUAUAG